UUCUCUGUACACAACAUUGACCCAAAGUCUUUCAUCACCAAAUUUUUGCUAAAAAACAGCACGAUCUACAUUCACAAUUCUGCAAAAUCUCUUCUGAGUUCUAAUUUUGGCGAAAGUUUCCUAUGGCUUCCACAAGUUCUACUUCUACUUCUAUUUCUACUUUCAUCCCACAAUGGAAGUAUGAUGUUUUCUUGAGUUUUAGAGGUGAAGACACCCGAUUCAAUUUCACUGAUCACUUGUAUGCAAAUUUGAUUCGAAGAGGUAUUGCUACCUUUAGAGAUGAUGAUUCACUUAAGAGAGGGGAAGAGAUUGCGCCUGAACUCCUAAAAGCUAUUGAAGAAUCAAGGUUUUCCCUAAUAGUUUUCUCGGGAAACUAUGCUGGUUCCAGAUGGUGUUUAGAUGAGCUGGUGAAGAUCAUGAAGUGCAGGAAAGAAAUGAAACAAAUUGUGGUACCGAUUUUCUACCAAGUGGAUCCAUCCCAUGUACGGCACCAGACAGGAAGGUUUGGCAAGGCAUUUUCCAAUUACAAAGAAGAUACAGAGGAGAUGAAAGAGAAGGUGCGAAGUUGGAGGAGUGCAUUGACAGAAGCAGCCAAUAUAUCUGGAGAGCAUGUGAAGGAUGGGGGAUGAAAAAUGUUGAGGCAAUAUUCUUGGACUUGUC